GCGUGUACAUUAUUGUUUAAAACCGAAUGCUCCGAUCUGUGUUAUUUUGCGGUGUAUUUCUGAUGUUCUUAGGGGACUUUUCCCCUUGUUUACUGGAGUUUAAGAGUCGAUAAGGUUCAGAGAAGCCUAAAGCGCUCACAGCUUUAUGUGAAACUCCUCCCACAAUGACGAGCCAGCGAUAAAAAUUAUUUAAGAAAAUGUUCCUUCGCGCAGCGGAGUGAUUGAUUUCGGAACUCGCGCGGUUUCAGCUAUCAAAGAGAUGAACUUAGAGAGUGACUGCAGCAUGACAGUCAGUUGUGGCAAUGGGAAGCUUAGACAAUGGCUGAUUGAUCAGGUUGACAGCGGAAAGUACCCUGGAUUGGUUUGGGAGAAUGACGAGAAAACAAUUUUCAGGAUACCUUGGAAGCACGCGGGCAAACAGGACUAUAACAGAGACGAGGAUGCUGCACUAUUUAAGGCCUGGGCACUCUUCAAGGGGAAAUUUCGAGAGGGGAUUGAUAAGCCAGACCCCCCGACAUGGAAAACCCGGCUCCGAUGUGCUCUGAAUAAAAGCAACGACUUUGAGGAGCUGGUAGAAAGGAGUCAGUUGGACAUUUCAGACCCGUACAAGGUUUACAAAAUAAUCCCAGAAGGCGCAAAGAAAGGGUCCAAACUGUUUGUCACAGAGGAGCCCAAAACUCAUAUGAACCCCCUGAUGUACCCAGUCCACCCCUCGUUCCCCUCACUUCAGACUCAGGUUUCGAACUACAUGGUGUCUCAUGAGCGUCCCUGGAGGGACUAUGUUCCGGAGCAGGCUACACACCCAGAUCUCCAGUACGGACAGUGCCCCUACCCACCGCGCAGCCUACCCUGGCCAGGACCGCCCGUCGAGAAUGGGUACCAGAUCACAGGCUCCUUCUAUGCCUGCUCCCCGACUGACUCCCAGCCUCCCGCCGCGUUCCCAUUGGACCCCAGUAUGAGGUCUGCUGAAGCAAUGGCCCUUACUGACUGCCGCCUGCAUAUCUCCCUGUUCUACCGUGAGUCUCUGGUGAAGGAGGUGACCACCGCCAGCCCCGAAGGUUGUCGUAUCUCAUCCUGCCCUGAGGACAAGCUCUACGGGGGCAUGGAGCAGGUGGUCUUCCCCUUCCCGUACCCUCAGUCACAGCGCAAGGGCGCAGAGCGGCUUCCUCUGGCACUGGAGCGCGGCGUGCUGCUGUGGUUGGCGCCCGACGGCCUUUACGCCAAGCGCCUCUGCCAGAGUCGCAUCUACUGGGAGGGGCCGCUGGCCCCCUACAGCGACAGACCCAACAAGCUGGAGAAGGAGCAGACCUGCAAGCUCUUUGACACCCAGGAGUUCCUGGCAGAACUACAGGGCUAUGCCCAUCACGGACGACCAGUGCCAAGGUUCCAAGUAGUGCUAUGCUUCGGGGACGAGUACCCAGACCCCCAGAGGCAGAGGAAGAUGAUCACGGUUCAGGUGGAGCCCAUGUUUGCCAAGCACUUGCUCUACUUCACACAGCAGACCAGCAACCCCUACCUGCGAGGGUACGACCUCUCUGACCACGGUACCUCCCCCACCGAGGACUACCAGAGGGUCAUCCACCACAGUGGCCUGCAGGAAUGACAGCACCCACUGCAGACUGAAAACUGUGCAAAAAAGCUAAAAGGGGGAGGAUGUCCCCCCCCCCCCCCCACCACUCUCUGUGUUUGGAGUUUGCAAACCCA